UGUAAAGAAUUAAGUUUUAUACAGUUAUUGUAUUUUGAGACUUAUGGUUCUUUUCUUUAGUGUUACAAGAAAGAUCGCAACUUAUCUUGGUGAAGUUUUGGAACACCAGAGGGACAGCUUGGUAGAACAUCUGCUUGCAAAUGGAGUUGACUUAGCUAUAUAUAUUAUGAAGUUUCAAUGGGAUAUGGCCAAAUACCCCAUCAAACAGUCCUUGAAGAACAUUGCAGAGAUAAUAAGUAAGGUAAGGUUGAAGGUUGAGUUUGGUUACACUGGAUAUUUAGAAAUAGUUAGAGAACAAAUGGAUCAUGAAAACUUCUACUAUAUUUUAAUGCGCCAGCAACACCGAGUGUCAGAAAAAUGUUUAAUUCACUCAUAUUUUUUUUAUUGCAGUGGCAGCUUACUUGUAAGAAAUCUGGGGGACUUGGUUAAAAAACAACAUUUUGUUAAUGGAUCAGAAUACCUGACUACACUCCUGGUUGUGGUACCUCAAAAUUUGUACAAAGACUGGAACUUGAAAUACGAAAAACUCACAGAUAUGGUGGUACCCAGAUCUAGUGAGUUAAUAUAUGAAGAUCAAGACCAUGGACUCUUUACAGUCACUCUUUUUCAAAAGGUAGUGGAUGAGUUUAAACUUCAUGCCAGAGAGAACAAAUUCAUUGUUAGGGAAUUUGUGUAUAAUGAAGAGGAGUUAUUAGCAGGAAAGAAUGAAAUUGCCAAGUUAGAACAUGACAAAAAGAAACAGUUUAGUCUACUAGUCCGAUGGUUGAAAGUGAACUUUAGUGAAGCUUUCACAGCAUGGAUCCACGUCAAGGCAUUACGGGUGUUUGUAGAGUCUGUCUUAAGGUAUGGUCUUCCUGUGAAUUUUCAGGCAAUGCUUGUACGUCCUCAUAAGAAGUCUGCGAAGAGGUUGAGAGAAGUAUUGAACCAACUAUAUAGCCAUCUGGACACUAGCAUUGCACAAGGCCCUGUAGAUGACAUCCCUGGCUUGAACAUGGGACAAGGAGAAUAUUACCCCUAUGUUUUUUUCAAGAUAAACAUUAAUGUGGCAGAAGGAACUGGUGUGAGACUUUAGAAUUACUGUGGUUGAUUAUUAUUCAAAUAGUUUCAGCUUUAACUUUUGUUAAACUUUCCAGUCAGGUGGCAAAAGCUCAUAUAAUGUAAACUUGUUUGUACAUAGUCUGUGUGACGGCAAUUCUGUUUGUUUUUCUGUUUUUCAAAACCAACAGAGAAAAAUGUGUAAAAUUUCAUGCAGAUUUUAAGGUGUAUAGUAUAAAGUUUUUUUCCAUAGGUAAUUCAGUUGUUAUUGUUGCUGUAUUAGAUAUGACAGAGUGAAUUAUCAAGAACUUUUGAAAGUACGGAAUAAACCAUACAAGUGAAGUGUUAACUUUAGUUAAUAAACGCUGUUCCAAGUUUGUGUAUUAAAGAUUAGGCAAAUUUCCUUAAAAAUAACUCAAUUUUUUUCCCCCCCAGAAAUCUUAUUCUUGAAAAAGAAAUUAACUGUACAAUUAUGUUGCCAAAACAUUUAUUGUAUAAAAAACAUAAAUUCUAUUUACUUGAUCUAUUAUAAUAUAGAAAUGUGGUAAUAUUUAAUCAUGGAUUUACUGGAUGUUGCAAUGUUUAUGUAUUUAUGGAAGAUUAAAAAAUUUGAUCGACAGACGUGUGUAUAAACAUGAAAAAUAAUUGGUAACAAAAUUUUGUAGGCACAACUAGAUAUUAUUUUUAAUGUUUUUAUUUCAUUUCCACAUUUUGUUUAUAAUGCAAAUUGCAAUAAUGGUAUUGUUUGGAUAAUUGUGUACCGUACGAUACUUAUGUAAAUUUAUCAUUGUUGUAGGGAAUGAUUGAGAUAUGGUCUCAUCAGAUAAUAAAAUUCAUUUCGAUAAUCGGGAA